AUGGCGAGACGCAAGAGGAUACACCAGAAGCCUGUUACUAUUGACAUUGUGAUUGAAGCAUCAGUGAUUCAGGGUACGUGCGAAGAGAAGCUGACUAAUGUUGACGAAGAGCCACCAGCUGAGAUGGAGGAGAUUUUCAAGGAUACUUUGGUCGAUUUUCUUGAGAUUGGAGGGCCAAUAUCUUUGGAUAUGAGUGCGGGACAGCCUGGGGGGAAGGACACUGGUGUGAAAUGGAGUGAUCAAGAAGAGACUGGAAGUGAUUUUCAAAAUCUAUCCAAAGUUAAGUGGUCUAAUUUUCGGGUAAUGUUACCGAACCAAGGAGGAGCUCGGCUUAAUUUUGAAGAACCAUUAAUUCAUGAUGGUCAACGGAUUGCUCAGGUUGACGUGGAGGAAAUUGAAGUUGAAGUAUCAUUCUGGAAUUCAGCAGUGGUAUGUAUGGCUCUAGGUGCUAAUCCCCCAUUUGUAGUGUUUGAGGGCUUCAUUAAGAGAAUGUGGGGUAAACUAGGUAUUGAGAGAAUUGCGAGAUUAAAUGUUGGGUAUACGCUUGCUAAAUUCAGAGAUGAAGUUACCAGAGAUUUGGUGUUGGAAGCUGGUGUUAUCCAUUUCGAUAGGAAGCCAGUCAUUGUGAGACUGUGGUCCACCAAUUUAGUUGAUAUGAGGAAAAAGGGUGAGGUUUGGAGACCGAAAGAAAGGAAACCUGAAGGAGAAAAUAAGCAAAAGUCUUCUGAGCCAAAUAAUGUAGCAAUUACUACUAGUUUAGCUGAUGAGGUAGUCUCCAAGGACAACCAGAAAGAGGUAGGUGUGGGCAAGGAGAGAUGUGACACUAAUGAGGCUCAAGAGGCGGAUUGGAUCACUCCUAAAAGAAUGGGUGGUGUAAAGGACUUAGUUACUAAUGCAGGAACACAUAUAGUGUUUUGCAAGAUAAGAGAAUGGAGGUUACAAAUUUGGAUUUCACUACAGAAAAGAGUUUAUAUGGAGGAGUACAACAUUCUUAGUUGGAAUGUUCGAGGCCUAAAUAAGAGGGAAAAACAGAGAUCCCUUCGUGCUUUUUGUAGUCUUAAUAAAAUUGGUAUAGGUGCUUUUCUAGAGACCAAGUUACGUGGUAAUAAACUGGAGGAGAUGAUGGUUAGACAAUUUGAUGGCUGGAAGUUUUAUAAAGGGACUGCUAAUGAAGGUAGAAUUUUGAUGGUUUGGCAGCUUAGUACUUUGUCAGUGGAAGUCUUACAAGACAGUGACCAAUUUAUACAUGCUUAUGUUAAAGAGUUAAGGUUGGGUAGGGAAUUCUGUGUGACGUUUGUGUGUGGCAGAAACACGAUUCAGGAGAGGAUUCAGUUAUGGCAGGACUUAUCUUGUCUAGCUUUUCCAGUUACACCUUGGCUUGUGGCAGGAGACUUUAAUUCAGUGUUUGAGUUUGAUGAUAGGCUAGGAGGGCGUGCUGUUUCUGCUACAGAAAUAGCUAAUGCACAGAGAUGGAAAUCUAUGGGGUUGGUGGAUGAACUUCAAUCUCUUGGUUCGCAUUACACCUUGACCAAUAACCAAGCUGAUGGGGCUAGAGUAUUCUCUAAACUGGACCGUAUCUUUAAGAAUGAAGCUUGGAUGGAUUUGUUUCCUGAUUCUAUAGCAUUUAUAAAGUGGGAUAUAAUAUCUGAUCACUGGUUCAAAGAUGUUGUUAUGCAAAGCUGGACCAAGUCGAUAACUGCUCAGGGUUUAGAAGGAAUUAUGAGGAAGUUGAGGAGGCUAACACAUGUCCUUUGGCAGUUCAAUAGAAGUGAGGAACGGGCUUCUUUUGAGAAUUUUGUUCAGCAAGCCAGGUACUAUGAUAGUUAUCAUAGGCAGAGGAGUAAAGUCAACUGGCUUAGGUUUGGGGAUGAUAAUACAGCCUAUUUUCAUGUUUGUUUGAAGCAGAGGAAGGCUUCUAAUCGAAUUACUUCGUUUAUUAAUGAUGCUGGGCAGAUUAAUGAGAAGUUUGAGGAUGUAGUGGCUCACUUCUUAAAUCAUUUUCGGAGUAUCAUGGGUAGUCAAAGUAAGGCUUCUGUUCUUAUUCAAAAAGAGUGUUUUAUUGAUGGAGGCAUCUUAUCCUUAGAUCAACAGUUGAACUUAAUAAAGCCUUUCACCAAGAAGGAUGUUAAAAAUGCUAUGUUCAGUAUUAGUUCGAUUAAGAGCCCGGGUCCAGAUGAAUAUGGUUCGGGUUUUUUCAAAGUAAUGUGGGAAGAGAUAGGAUAUGACAUUUCAGAUGCUAUUUUGGGUUUCUUUAAUCAGGGAUUGCUGCCUAAUGAUCUCAAUAAUGCAACUCUCUCUUUGAUUCCGAAGGUUGAGAAUCUUACUAAGGCAGUGGAGUAUAGACUCGUAGCUUGUUGUAAUACAUUGUAUAAAUGUAUUUCAAAAAUGCAAUGUGGUAGAUUGAAUAAGAUUCUUCCUUUGUUAAUCAACCAAAAUCAAGGAGCAUUUGUUAAAGAUAGAUUGUUGGCUCAUAAUAUUCUUAUUUUUCAGGAUAUCAUUAAAGGCUACAAGAGGAAACAUAUAUCCCCUAGAUGUGUGAUGAAAGUUGAUCUAAGCAAGGCUUAUGAUACAAUAGAUUGGCAAUUUUUGGAGGAUAUUCUUUCAGCCUACUAUUUCUCGGGUAAGUUUAUUAGAUGGAUUAUGGUGUGUUUAAAGGGCACUUCUUACUCAAUUAUGAUGAAUGGUAGAAUCCAAGGUAGCUUUCUUGGUAGGAAGGAUCUUAGACAAAGGUACCCUAUUUCUCCUUUGCUUUUUGUUCUUGUUAUGGAGUAUUUUACUAGGGUACUUAUUCAAGCUUCUCAGAGUAAGGAUUUCAGAUAUAACCCUAGUUGUAAGAAGCUGAAGUUGGUGAGCCUUUGUUUUGCUGAUGAUUUGGUGUUGUUUUGUAACAGAGCUGCUAAAUCUGUUCAGAUUAUCAAAGAUUGCUUCAAGUCUUUUAGUCUCGCAUCUGGUUUAACAGCCAAUCUAGAUAAAUCCCAUGUUUUUACUAAAGGUUUUUUCCCUCUAAAGUAUCUUGGAAUUCCUCUCAGGCCUUCAAAAUGGAAGGCAGGGGGUUGUGCUGCAAUAAUCAAAAAGAUCCACUUGAAGCUUCAUCAUUGGUCUAGUCGGCAUCUUUCCUUUGCUGGGAGAGAUCAACUUAUUCACUCUGUUUUAUUGGGGAUAAGAUCAUUUUGGAUGAGUAUUUUCCUCCUCCCAAAGAGUGUAAUUAAUGAGAUUGAUCAGCUAUGUAAAAUAUUUUUGUGGGAGACUAGUAACAGUAAUGAAAACAGAAGCAAAGUUCAUCUCACGGCCUGGGAGCAGGUUUGCCUACCUAAAAGCUUGGGUGGUAUUGGGUUUAAGGAAGGGUCUAAAUGGAAUAAGGUGUUGUUAGCUAAGUUCCUUUGGGCUAUUUCCUCUAAACAAGAUAUCCUUUGGGUGAAAUGGGUGGAUGCCAUUUAUCUCAAAGGUCAAAGUUUUUGGGAUUACAAAAUUCAUUCUGAUGUGAGCUGGUACUGGCGUAAGUUGGUUAAUUUGAAAGCUGUUAUCACUGCAAAGGUGCUGGAAAAGGCAGUUAAGAACAACAAAGUCAAUAUAAGAAAUCUCUAUGUUCAGCUACUAAACAAGGAAAGGGUUCAAUUUGCUCAUGUGGUUUGGUGCAAUCUGACUUUGCCCAAGCACAGAUUUGUUUUAUGGCAAGCUACUUUGGGACAUUUACUGACCAGAGACAAUCUAGUGCGGUGCCAAAUGAAGUUGAAUUCUGUCAUGUGUCCGACCUGUGAUUUGUAG